AUGUCGGUGUCGGCGCAAACGUGCACGUUGCUGAUGUCCAGACCUUCCACGCCGGGCCCUGCUUCAAGCGCAGACGACAACGCGCCCUAGCCCCGACGACUUGGACCUGGUUCCAUCUCUAUCUCUAUCCUCAUCCUUCAGCCAAGCUCGAAUAUUGACAAUAUCCUGCUCCUGUUGCUACCCGUGCCCUUACUAUGUACCUGCUUCUCUGGCCGUCACUACCACCCUACAAACAGAACCGGACGUCUCCUCCUGUAGAAUGCACACGGACCGGGCCAAGCUCCCUCUCUCAGCGUUUUUUUUUGCGACAUCCCCAUGCCCCCAAUCUAGACUCAAGUGGGUUGGCGCUGUUGGCAAAGCGCUGUAAAAAACGCCACCCCAAAUAUAGCCCCAAUAGUAAGCGCUACCAAAGACGCGUGACACAUGGAUGCGUGGAGUAAGGGUUGCUUACGGAAACCUCACAGGUUGAGUGAUGUAGGAGAUUGACGGACACAUAGACGUGUUGAGUGAUUUAUAGCUGUAUACUGAAACCCCAAGGGUUGAGUGAGGUUUGAGAUUGCCAGACACAUAGACGGGUUGAGUGGGGAUAGCUACAUACUGAAACCCCACGAGUUGAGUGAUGUUGGAGUGCCGAAGACAUAGACGCGUUGAAUGAGAAUAGACACAUAUUGAACCUCACAGGUGAUUUGUAUUGGAGAUUGCCGGACACCCAGACGCGUUGAGUGAAGAUACCUGCAUACUGACACCUCAAAGAUGGAUUGGUUUUUGCCAGACACAUAGACGCGCUGCGUGGGGAUAGCUACAUACUGAAACCUCACGAGUUGAGUGAUGUUGGAUAGUGCCGGACACAUAGACGCUUUGAGUGAGGAAAGACACAUACUGAAACCUCACAGGUGAUUUGUAUUGGAGAUUGCCGGACACCUAGACGUGUUGAGUGAGGAUAGCUGCAUACUGAAACCUCACAGAUGGAUUGGUUUUUGAGUUUGCCAGACACAUAGACGCGCUGCGUGGGGAUAGCUACAUACUGAAACCCCACGAGUUGAGUGAUGUUGGAUAGUGCCAAACACAUAGAUAAACGCUUUGAGUGAGGAUGGCUGCAUGUUGAGACCUAACGGGUUGAGUGACGCCUAGAACUGCCGGACACAUAGACGCAUUGAGUGAGGAAAGCUGCAUACGGAAACCUCACAGGUUGAUUCGUAUUGGAGAUUGCCGGACACAUAGACGCGUUGAGUGAGGAUAG